AUGGCUACGACUCAGCCCUCCGGAGAGUACAUUCAAAAAUAUGCACUCCAUUUGGCCGCCGUAUCUUAUGGCAGCAACAUCAUUGCCGCCGCAGACAUAGGGAUGCAACUCUUCAUGUGCAUCCAUGGCCUCUCCUCUUUCCUGACAACGCCCGUCGAGCGGCGGAAGAAACGACUGCCGUAUAUUAUAUUAAGCUUUUCUAUCUUGAUUUUGUCUACAAUCCCUGCCUGCCUCGACCUCGCACAAGAUUUUCGAGUUAGCUAUUACUCGAGUCCUCACACGGAGUAUCUAGCCGAAAAGCGGAAAGCAUUGUCGAGCGGGCAGACGGCAGCGUCUCGAUGCCUGCUCCUCGCUUACGUCGCUCUGGGGGACGGGCUUUUGCUAUAUCGAUGCUAUAUCCUAUGGCAACACAUCGCCAAGUGGGUAGUCACCCUACCCAUUCUCGUCUAUCUAGGCUUCAUAGGUGUUUCGCUCACUACUCUCGUGCACGUCCUGACAAACGACCUGCUGCACUCCGAAAAUGAAGUGACAAAGACUCAACAACUCCAAAUCGCAUACAUCUUCCUGUCCGUCACGCUCAACGUCAUCGCCACUUCACUUAUUUCGUACAAAAUUCUGGUUGCGAAGCGGUCCUUCUCGAAAGCACUCCCCUCGCGAAACAUGCGGGUUUAUAGUGCUGUGGCUAGGCUCGUAAUCGAGUCUGCACUCCCGUUGACACUUUCCGGGUUACUCUGCGCGAUAUUCACUGCGAUCAAUUGGGCACAUUAUCAGUCACCCUUGGGACGGCCUAGUCUUACCAUCAUGGCCACUGCAGAUACCUUCGGGUCUCUCUACUAUACCUUCGCGGCUCUAUCCCCGCAGAUGAUCAUUUUCCGAGUUACAACUGGGAGAUCCCAUGCUGACAAUGGGGACUUUCAGUCGUCACUCGACCGUAGCUCGACCUCGAGUCGUGUGGAAGGGGGAGGAGAGACCAACUACAAUGUUUAA